AUGCUGUGGAUUUUCAUUACCUUUAACUGAUAGAUCCAGAGAAUGGGUUAAGGGGCUUCGUAUAAAUGAUGAUAUUUACAAUAACACUCCUACUCAGUUAAUAGGAAUGUCUCCCAAUGAAGCUGUAAAAAGAGCAUUAAAAGGAAAAAAAAUAAUAGCUAGACCUUCGGUAAAACAUAGGAGGCCCGUUGAUUAUAAUGAACCUCUUUUACCUAGUUAUACAGAAAUAAAAGAAGAAUAA